UUGAUUCAUCAUCUCUCGACCUCUCACUCCGAACGGAGCCGGUAGAUUAGUGCUAACUUACGAGUGGUCAAGAAGGCAGACGUGUUGAAAUGUUUGACUUACCUUCAUGAAUCGCAAAAGAUUGAUAUGAAGUUGUUUGGAAAACAAGCAGUUUACUGCUGCAAACAGUCUGUUGAAUCCGCCGUUUCGCCCGAGGUGCUUAAAGAGAUGCAGACUGAGCAAGAGGAGCUAAAGAACGCGACGAAAAACUUGAAAGAAAGUAAUACGAAAAUUCGAAUCGAGCUGGCUGAGCUAGAAAAGUUGCCCCCUACGUCCGAGAUCCCGAUAGUAAAGAACGAACUCAAACAAACGUGGAUCGAACUUCAAAGUCGCUUGGAAGCACUUGGAAGCGAUGAAGCAGAUGGAAAGAAGGAAAUAGUUCCUUUAAAAACUUCGGAAGAAAUUUCGAAACUUGACCAACAAAUCGAGAAAUAUAAGGCUCUAUGGCUCAGUCACCGAAAAAUAUGCAAACAUGCCAUACGUGUGAUUCAAGACGUAUUGAAGGAUGAUGAAGCUAAAAGUAAUUUUAUGGAACAAAUCGGUCUGGAAGAUGAUUCCGUGGAAUUAUCUUCACUCGAGCAGGAACAGACUCAGAUCAAUGCCACACCUAGCUUGAAAGCAGAUACCCGCCGCCAUAGUAACACUCCUGCCGGGAUCAAAAGAAGCUUCAGCGGCACCAUCAAGGUCUAAUACUUUUAGCAUCACAGUCUCAAGCGUGGUCGAGUUUGUAGAAUUACUACCCUAAACUAAAACCCAUUAGUCUUUCUCACAGCACUUGAGCCUAAUUUUCC